ACUGGAGAAGCGGCGAAGAGGAGUGGCCCGGCCCUGGAAGAAUGCGGCUCUGCCGAGGGGGCAGAACCCGUCUCAGUCACCCUACGGUUUAAGCAGCCCGAGCGGAGCCCAGGCGACCCAACCGUGUGGAUCACGGACUCUGCACUCGAACCGCUGGAGGCGCUGAUCAGCUGCGCAUCGGAGCCUCCGGGCUUCGACAUGCUGGAGGAGCCCCGGCCUCGGCCUCCGCCUUCGGGCUUCGCAGGUCUCCUACUCCUGGCCUUAUGCAGUCGGGCUCUAAGUAAUGAGAUUCUGGGCCUGAAACUGCCGGGCGAGCCGCCGUUGACGGCCAACACCGUAUGCUUGACGCUGUCGGGUCUGAGCAAGAGGCAGCUAGGCCUGUGCCUCCGCAGCCCCGACGUGACAGCGUCCGCCCUUCAGGGUCUGCACAUCGCUGUCCACGAGUGUCAGCACCAGCUGCGCGACCAGCGCUGGAACUGCUCGGCGCUCGAGGGCGGCGGCCGCCUGCCGCACCACAGCGCCAUCCUCAAGCGCGGUUUCCGUGAGAGUGCUUUCUCCUUCUCCAUGCUGGCUGCUGGGGUCAUGCAUGCUGUUGCCACUGCCUGCAGCCUGGGCAAGCUGGUGAGCUGCGGCUGUGGCUGGAAGAGCAGUGGUGAGCAGGAUCGGCUGAGGGCCAAAUUGCUGCAGUUGCAGGCACUGUCCCGGGGCAAGAGUUUUCCCCACUCUAUGCCCAGCCCUGUCCCAGGCUCAGGCCCUAGUCCUGGCCCCCAGGACACAUGGGAAUGGGGUGGUUGUAACCAUGACAUGGACUUUGGAGAGAAGUUCUCCCGGGAUUUUUUGGAUUCCAGGGAAGCUCCUCGGGACAUCCAGGCACGGAUGCGAAUUCACAACAACAGGGUGGGACGACAGGUGGUAACUGAAAACCUAAAGCGAAAAUGUAAGUGCCAUGGUACUUCAGGCAGCUGCCAGUUCAAGACAUGCUGGAGAGCGGCCCCAGAGUUCCGGGCUGUGGGGGCAGCAUUGAGAGAGCGAUUGGGUCGAGCCAUCUUCAUUGAUACCCACAACCGCAAUUCUGGAGCCUUCCAACCUCGCCUGCGUCCUCGACGCCUCUCAGGAGAGCUGGUCUACUUUGAAAAAUCUCCUGACUUUUGUGAGCGAGACCCCACAGUGGGCUCCCCAGGCACAAGGGGCCGGGCCUGCAACAAGACCAGCCGCCUGUUGGAUGGCUGUGGCAGUUUAUGCUGUGGCCGUGGGCACAAUGUGCUCCGGCAGACACGAAUUGAGCGCUGCCAUUGCCGUUUCCACUGGUGCUGCUAUGUGCUGUGUGAGGAGUGCAAAGUCACAGAAUGGGUCAACGUGUGUAAGUGAGGGUCAGCCUCACCUUGGCACUAGGUAAGGGUACCCUGUGAAGGGGCACCUUUUCAGCCCUUUGCUCUGAUUUCUGUCUAGGGUCAAUCUUGACCCCCUGGAAGCUCAAAGCAUCUACCUGGAAAUGGUUUUGGAGUUGGUGGGGGUCAGGCGGGAUCUGUGAUGUGCAGCCUUUUCCCCACAAUUGCAGGGUGGUUGGAGGAAACUUGCCCCUCUUUUGCUCCUUAAAUAUCUGAAUGGACUAAGAUGAAAUGCACUGUAAUGCUCCCCUCUACUGAAUUCCAGGCCUCCUUAGUUCAUACUCCUUUUGGCUGGGGAAUCCUUAUGGUUUGGCUACUCCUUUCCCUUAAGAGAUAGCCUCAAGCAUUGUAUGGAGCCAUUAAGACCUGUCUAGAUCCCUAUCUAGAAAGGGAUCACCACUCAUAUUGGCCUUCCCAUACUCCUCUACCACAGCCUGAACCUUUUCUAGUGGGGUCAUGGAAGACAGUAGGGGUAGAGAGGUUUAUCUUGGGGAAGGAAGAGAGUACUGGAGAGUACUCCUAAAUCCCCCAAAAGCUAUCUGUCUAGAUCCUUAAGGAAGUUGUUUUUUUCCAUUCAGAUGUUAAAGGGGACCCUCCAAAGGAAGGGUUUAUCUAAGACUCUUGGAGCCUCUUUUUCCUU